CGGCCCCUUCUUCUCUCUGUCUUUUAAUUAUUCUGUUCCCCUGGAUAACAGCCACAUGCCCAGAUUGCAAAGCUGUAAUUGCUUCUCUGCAGAAUGUCCAGUAAGGAGCGCCACCUUGAAUCCAACUGUCCGUCCUCUUAUAUAAAGACUGAGCCGUCUAGUCCUGCCUCCCUGACUGACAGUCUAAACCAUCACUCCCCUGGUGGCUCCAGUGACGCCUCAGGCUCCUAUUCGUCCACGAUGAACGGUCACCCCAACGGCUUAGACUCCCCGAGCCUUUACGGCUCCAACGCAGGACCCCUGGGUCCUGCUGGCGGUCCCGGAUCAAAGCGUUAUGAGGACUGUUCGUCAACUAUUGGGGAAGAUUCACAGAUUAAGUGCGAGUACAUGUUGAAUUCGAUGCCCAAGAGGCUGUGUCUGGUGUGCGGGGACAUUGCGUCAGGGUACCACUAUGGAGUGGCAUCCUGUGAGGCCUGCAAGGCCUUCUUCAAACGCACCAUCCAAGGCAACAUUGAGUACAGCUGUCCAGCCACCAACGAGUGUGAGAUCACCAAGAGGAGACGCAAGUCGUGCCAGGCCUGCCGCUUCAUGAAGUGUCUGACUGUGGGCAUGCUGAGGGAGGGUGUUCGUCUGGACAGGGUUCGCGGUGGGAGACAGAAGUAUAAACGCCGGAUAGAUGCGGACAACAGUCCAUACCUGAACCCACAGCUGGCUCUGCCUCCCAAGAAGCCAUUUGCCUUUGGCUGCCUUGCAGAUAACAAAAUCGUCUCUCACCUGCUGGUGGCCGAGCCAGAGAAGAUUUACGCCAUGCCUGACCCGACAGUACCAGACAGCGACAUCAAGGCCCUGACUACGCUGUGUGACCUGGCGGACAGGGAGCUGGUGGUGAACAUCGGCUGGGCCAAACAUAUCCCAGGUUUCUCUACGCUGUCCUUGGCAGACCAGAUGAGUCUACUGCAGAGCGCAUGGAUGGAGAUCUUGAUCCUACGUGUUGUGUACCGCUCACUGUCCUUUGAAGACAAAUUGGUGUAUGCUGAGGACUACAUCAUGGACGAGGACCAGUCGAAGCUAGCUGGACUUCUGGAUCUGAACAACGCCAUCCUUCAGCUUGUCAAGAAAUACAAGAGUAUGAAGCUAGAGAAGGAGGAAUUUGUCACUCUCAAGGCCAUUGCUUUGGCUAACUCAGACUCCAUGCACAUUGAAGAUGUGGAUGCAGUGCAGAAGCUCCAGGAUGUGCUCCAUGAGGCCCUGCAGGACUACGAGGCUUCCCAGCACCAGGAGGACCCCCGCCGGACGGGCAAGCUGCUUAUGACCCUCCCCCUGCUCCGCCAGACCUCCACCAAGGCUGUGCAGCACUUCUACAGCAUCAAGCAGGACGGCAAAGUCCCAAUGCACAAACUCUUCCUGGAGCUGCUGGAAGCCAAGGUCUGAGGACGGGAGAGUAGACGGAAGGACAGCUAGACACCAGUCUGGACCACCUGAGCUUCAACUCAAACUCUCACUUUGAAUGACCUCUUGCUCUUUUACACGCACACACUCUGACACACACACACACACACACACACAGAAAUAUGUCCCCGAAGUAUGUCUGCUGACACAUCCCCCCUAUGAAUAAACAAGUAACCUAAACGUCUUACCUGAACCCCGAAACCUCCACCAUCUUUGACAAAAGGGCGCUUCCUGGACCUUUUGUUUUGGGGAAGAUGCUGACAGACUGACCCCCGUUACCAAGGGAAGACGAUAUUUCCUUUUAAAACUAUUAACACUCACUUACCAGUUACCACGGUGGCUCCGAACAUUGACGACAGCAAAACCCUUAUGCAUUUAAUAACGAUUAAGAUGUUAUUAAUGACAAAACUUAAAUGAGGACACAUUUAAAAAAAACUGAAAACUCUUCAUUUUAGUCCUGAGAGACUGUAAGACUGCACUCGUGUCUCCUUUUCCCUCCCCAAUUUCCCCCAACAGAGUUUUUUAAGUGUUUAAGAAGAAGACGAGUGGGGAAAAAAACGAACAUUGAAGUAUUAAUGACGCUUGUUGUCACAUUACAUGUACAAUGAAAUUUGGAUGGAUGGACAGAAAGAAAAGAAGAGGAGACUUGCCCUGCCAAAGAAUGGAGCUCAUCCAUUCAGAGGAUGCCAGCAAACUUUACUGUCAUUACCCAAAACUCUUUCUGUUUGAUCUCCCAGUGGCUUUCAAUGCUGGACCUCAAGAGCACUGCUGGUUUUCACCUCCACCACUUAUCUGAGAUGUUUCUGGUUCUUUUGAAAACCAGCAGAGAUCGAAGGACCAGGAUUGGAAACCACUGCCGUAAACACUUUCUGGUUCUCCCUAAAUCCCGCUCCUGGUUUCCCAUGACUCCCCAACUUCAACUUCAGCUUUACUAUUUGUGGUGUUUGGUGAGGACCAGUGACCCUGGCCUCCCAAACUGCUCAGUAUUCACACAGGAUGAGUGUUUGCACACUUGACGUGGCUGAAAAUACUUUCAAAUAAUCAAACCACUUGAGGUGAGAUUGAUUGGCAGAGUUUCUCAGUAAAAAAUGUUGCCAACAGAUAACUAAAUAAGACUUGAUCUGACUGGACUCCUGCUUGUCCGGCUGGUAGAUGUAGGCUUGGCCCACAGUCUCUGCGACGCUAGAUAUUCUGUCAAACACUCCUCCUGUGAUUCGACGUCUGUUUGAAAGGUUUUUGGCCGCUCAGUGGUCCAGGUUUGUAGCUCUCCACACACAAGUCAGAAGAGAUUUCAGUCUGUCAAUGUGCCAUGAAGAAUAGUCCAGCCCACGCUCAUUACCCGAACUCCGAAAACCCCGAAGUGUCACGUCAGUGCUCCCCUCCUUGCUCCGUCGCAUUCGCAAUUUCCAGCUCAUCUCGUGCGUCAGUACGGAGAUGUUUUUGUGACUCAUUCAGGGAGUGAUGAGGGAGAUUCAGUCACUCAACGCAAUACAAACCAGAGGGAAAGGUGUGCUGACAAAACUGACUGAAGAACAACUAUUGUUGCUUUCAAACUCCUUAUUUUUUUUCUUUAUUUCUAUCUUGAAAAUAAUCUUAGCGAUGAUACCAGUAUUAGGGUUGUAAAUAACUGUCAUCCUGUAUAUGACAUAUAACACGGCUUUGUUUUUGUUAUUAAUAUUGUCUUCUUAAAACUGAAUCAAUCAAUAUGUCUUUCCUUUUUUCUAUCAGCUUGACCACUUUCAGCAAUUAUCAUAUAUAUAUAUAAAUAUAACAAGUGAUAAUGUAUUAACAAAUCAGCGUUUAUCUUAGAAAACUCUGAGCAAUAGUGGUUUUUAAAGGAGAGGGUUUGCGCAUUUGGACAAAGUCUGCAAUAUUAACAUGACGUGCCAGUCUUAAAUUUGGGAGAGAGAGGAAGGGGAUUCGAGGAGAGUUUGUAGCUUCUCUUUCUCUCUGUGUAACUUGCCAUAAGCUAUUAGACAACAGUCAAUAUUUCCCUUGUUAGAGUUGGACAGGAACAAAUAAGGACCGUGAGAUGCUGAUGCUGCCGUCACGUAAAAGCUGUGUGAAGAGUAGCUGUUAGGAGGGCGAAGGAGGUGUCAAAAGCAGCUCAGAUAUCCAACAUCCAGUUUGCAGUUAUCACACUGGUUCUGGUGACCAGGCUCUUCCUGCUGCCACUUCUGAUCUGAUCAAAACAAGACAGUUCUUUGUUUGAAAUCAACCGUAAUACAGCGACGCACAGUUUUUGUCCCUGAGGUGCAUGCUUGUUCAGCCACUGAUGGCUGAGUGUGGGGAGCGUCGGAAUAAGAUGACUAAAUCUGGAUCUGUGCUCUGAGGGAACCGGUACUGAACAUCAGCCAAAUAAAACAACACAUGACAGCUUCGUGUUAGCCUGCUGUUUAGCUUCUUGUCGUCAGACGCUUUAUUUUAAAGGAAGUCUUAAAUGUUGUAAUGGUAAAAACCAACAGUCCUGCCAAAUGCAGUCUACAUUGAUCAAAUGAAUAAUAGGCAGUCUUUAGAUUAAAUGUAAAUCUACAUCAUAACAUGUAUUUUAAGUAGACAUGCAGAGGUCUCCUCCAGUAGCAUUUUUGAAAAUGUCCUUUUAAUUAUCUUAAUUAAUUUAACCCAUAACCACACAGACUUUAAGUGGGCAUUUUUUAUAGGAUUUUUUUUAAUGUCAACAUAAAAAAUGCCUGUUUCUAGAGGCAAGAAAUGGAAAGCUGAGCUAACAGGAAGCUGUCUGACAUCCCAUGUUGAUUUCAGCUUUGACAGGUAAAGACUGUCGAGGAAUUUUAAAAUUUUAAUGUUUUUUUUUGUUCUGUCAGUUUAUGUAAUUUCUAAAGCCGGAUAAGAAUGAACAACAAUGCCAAAAUGUGUAAUCUAGAUGACGGUGUAAUCUAAUAUAAGAUGGCAACUUGUCACAGUUGAGGAGAGCUGCAGUUUAAGUGUAGUCGAUCUCUAACAUCACACGCUCUGUAUCAAACAUCAGUAUUAUUAGUAAGGGGUAUUUUCUCAGCCUUCUUAAACAUUGUAUAUUGUAAAUUAUGCAGAUUAUAAUUCUAACAUAAGACAUUUUAUUGGAAACAAAAUUGAGAAAAAAGGAAAAAAAAUCUAGUUCAGCCUCGAUGUGUGUUUCAUGUUCGCUGUUUUUUCUAUCAAGAAAAAACCCUGUUUCUUUGGUUUUAUCUGUUUCUGUUUUAAAGUCCUCUUUCUGUUUGAUCCGUUCUCCUCCUCUGUUGAGUCCUCGGAGGCGUUGCUGUGUACUUUUUCUUGUGGUGAUUCCCGUUCUUGUGCCGUGUGCUUCUUCUUUAGACAACACAGAGUAGAGUAGAGGCCAUGUUGUCUGUCUGUCGGAUCAGUCCGCUGGGGGUCUGGGUACCGGAUUCUCUCCCAAUGAACCGAACCGGAUAUAAGGCUCUUCUUCUAGAAACUUAACUAGACCACCAAGAUCAAAUUACAGUAUUCAUCUUUACCAAACUAUACAUAAAUAAUUAAAUAUUUAGUAUCUAAAUGAAGAAACACCAUACAAGUAUUUAAAAAGGGAUCAUUUGUGUAACUUUUCCUGUAGAAUAAAUAAUAUACUGUAUAUCUUUAGGUUUAAAUAACAAGAAAUGAAAAGGACAUUUGAGUAAUUCAGAACUGUAGGUGACUCUUUUUUGAUAAACUCGCUGUACAUAACUGCCUUCCAUACAGCUCGGCUCACUCAUUAUCUUUGCUGUUUCAGCACUCAGAAAAUAUGAAGAUGAGAAACCUUUUUAUCCCCCAUUGUUGUGUCCUGUUUUUCAGCUCAUUUCCAGGAAAAUAUGUUGCUUUACAACAAAGAGUAAAAAGUGAUGGGAAGUGAGGCGAAGGUCAGGACUAAAGGUUUUUGUGAGUUAAUGGGAAAAAGCUUGACAUGUUUAGUUUGCACUUGCCGUUUCUCCUUUCUCUUCACCACACACUCAUUACAUUGUGGGACAUGUUUCUGCUUUGGCCCCUGUUAUUAUACUCAUUGUACCUCUUUAUACACAUUUGUAGAUUUAAAGAUUCUGGGCUACAAAUAGCAUAAAGUCAGGAGUUAGGACUCAUCAAAGGUCUUAAACAUGUAAUGUUUUUAGAGAGGAAAUAUACAUACCAAUUAUUUCACAGGUGCAUAAAAGAUGUUUGUAAGUGAAGUCCCCGAUGACAGAGUUUAACUUCCUGUUUUGAUUGUAGCUUCAAACACUGUGUCGCUGUCAGAGUGAUGAUAUUUCUUUUCAUCCGCUGUACAAUAAUCUACAAACAACUUCUGGAAGAAAGGUGCUCUUUUCUUACUUAUUGUUUCUCUUCUGUUCCUGUUUUUAUGUUGUUGUCAGUUGUUAAAGCCAUCCUUUGUACUUCUGGUCACGAUGAAAGAUGGUGCACGUCUCCCUGAGCUGAUUAAGGCUGAGCUGGACUUGGGUUGACGGUCAUGUUACAGCAUGAAGUUACUUCCCUGCCAGUAACAAAUACUGAUUUUGUAGAAUUUAUUUAAGCAUCAAGUUAUGAGUGUCAAUCAAGUAAUGAAUUGAAAUUGAUGUCAAUUGGUCGUUGCGAGUUGAUCACUGGAAUCGCAGAGUGAAAGCAGAAGUGCUUUUAUUUCAGAUGACUGAAAACGAGCAAAGCCACCGGCUAACAUCAGGAGGGAGACUGUGCCAUUCUUUCCGAGGUUUUGAUAUAACUUGCUGCUCAUAGCCAACAUAUGAUUUACAUGUACAAGACAACAGUGAUUUCCCUUAAACAAUUUGAGUUUCUAGUUAAAAAGCAAUAUGUUGAUGACCGUCCAACGACGAGACAAGAGUUGCACUAGUUUGUGUUGGGUUAUACAUCCAAACGCUGUUCUGGCUAUUAAGAUGAUCUUGCAGUUCGUGUUUAAACCACAUAAAUGACAACAAACCAAACUGGUAUUUUCUAGGAGGAGCGUUGGAGGAAGGACUGUCUGGGUUUUUGCAGAGCCAGAGAUAGAAAGAGUUUGACCUGGUUGCACUUUGGGCACCAUGUUAUCGCCCUCAUCUGGAACUUAGACUCAUUAGCUGCGAAUACUCUAUGUACCAAUAGUUUAGCCAGAAAGCAGAAGGUUAUUUAAGACAAAGCAGGAUGGUCCAUCUACCACGGCUGCCCCUUAAACCUGCUAAGGCCAAACUGUGUCUAUCUACAGCUCUACAGUGUUUAGUCAUUUAGUUGUAUUUAAGCCCCAAAUGUUCACUCCCACUCGUGCCGCAGCUAACCCUGCGGCCCGAGUUUGCAAAUGUGAAGAAAAUAUUUAAGGGAGAGAGAAAGACGACACAUUUGGAUACAAAGCAUAUUUAAAGAGGAAAGGACCCUUGCGCGGUGGAGAGGAGUUGUGUACGAGACAAGACCCUGUAGUGUUAUUAAAAACAUGUCCGUAGAUUUUAGAUGUGCUUCACAUCAGUAAAUGAAAAAAAAAAAGAAACAGUAACCUGUAUAUUUUUGUGACGUGUAUCAUACAAGUGUGCUCCAACAAUAAUGUCCAUUUGUGUAAAUGUAUUUAUUUCACAUUGUAUAUAUUGUUCAAUGCAAAAAGAGAGACCUAUGAUUCUGUAACUUAAACUACUAUGGGUUGAAACAUUACAUGUGUUACUCCAGACUAUGCCUUUCAGGAUUAUUACAGUAGAGCAAUAUCAAUUAAAACCAGGC